AUGCCUUGCAUGGCAAAAGGUGUUGACCAAGUCACAGACAACUCUAUGGAUUUGCACACCUGGGUUCUUCAAAACUGCAAAAUCCCCACCACCAAGAUGGCCCCUCCACCAGAGAUCAGAAAAGACAAGCCCAAGCCCUGGCACAUGGUGCAACUGCCUGAAGGAUGGGAAGAACAUAUGUUCAGUCUCCAUGACAGGAGGAGAUCACUCACUCCUAGUGUCUCUGUGUCCUCCCAAAAUUCCACUACCCCGAUCUUGCAGGAAGACCAGGUUGAGAGUGCUCUGAUGGAGGAGGAUGCUGGUGAGGCUGAGGCUGAGGAGGUUGAGGUCAACAUUCAAGCUGAUGAGGGCAGUCAAUGUCCUGAUGAUGGGGCUAGUCAACUUCUGGAUGAUGAAGUUCUGUGGAUGUUGUGUUGUUAUAUCCUUGACUCCAGGGUUUGGUGCCCCCUGCUUCUCUCAUCUGACUAUGAGGAUGGUUCUGAAUCAUCACUUCCUCCAUCUUCACCACCAGCUGAAGACUCCAAUUCCAAUGCUGAGGAUGAGUUUCCCCCACAUUGUCCUGGUUGCUGUGUGGAACACAAACCUAAAAGCAAGGGCAAAAGUAGGGCUAUGGAUGUUGACAACAGUGAUAUAGCAAGUCAGGAUGAUCAUGAACCUGCCUGGAAUGCAAAAUUUAAGAAGACUGGGAACUUGCCCUGUGCUGCUCUCAAUGAGAUACAUGACUUUGCAGCCAAAGAGAAGUUGAAGGCUGUUUAUGAAUGGAGUGAGAGCUCCUCAGCAGUGCCCACUAACAAAUCAAUCAGAGUCCACAACAUGAAGAUGCAGUUCUCCAGAUUGGCUGAAGUGUGGUCAGCUCUUGAAGACAUCAAAAUUGCUGGAGUUGUGAUGAUGCCAGACCUCUGGCAUAUUUGGUGGUUCCAAUAUCAUAUGAAAGGACUCAUGGACAAGUACACUGCAAUAUUUAAGUGUCUCAAGGAUGGUAAUGGUACUGAAGCUGGGUUAUUAGGGAUGAGUGCUUCUGCCAGUUCAGCUGCAGCAUUGGAGUUGCAUUGUCGAAUGAAGGAGAUACCAAGAGAUCACAACUGCUGGGUAUUUGGAUCUAUGAUGAAGGAGAAGUUGAUAACAGCACUCAAAGAUCUAUGCAUGACAUGUGGGGUUGAAGUUGGUGAUCCCCAGAAAAUCAUUUGGCAGCAGCUUCUUGAGUUCAUUAGGAGGAACUCUCUUGUCAUAAUCAACUGGCUGCUUGGGGUGCCUCCACCAGGCCCUGGUUUUGAGUACAAGAAACUCAAAGUUGCCACUCUCUGCCAACUUGUGGUACCUUAUCUGUGGAGAAAGCUAGGCUCAAUGUACAAUGGACAAUCUGAUGAUGAUGAUGAUGAUGAUGAUGAUGAGAAAAAUGAUCAUCUGGAUGGUGUGCCAGAGGUCAAAAUCAAACCCUGGAAUGAAGAUGUCAUUAGCAUAGGGGAUGCACACCCAUUAAAGGGAGAGACCGCACUGGUCAAGGCUCCUGAUGGCACAGUUUUGUGCAAGGUGUCUGACAAUCCCAAGUGGCAGAAGUCUCACAAAGAAGGGGAUCCAGGCAGGGAUGCAUGCCCCAUUGCUGGUGACCAUGGUGUAGUGGUUGACCCUGCUGCAUUUUGGUUGAAACUAACAGGUGACAUGCACAGGAUGCACUUGGUGACCCACCAGCAUGCACAAGCUGCGAGAACACUUGAGAGUCCAGUCAAUCUGAGUGCCCCUUGCCAGCUUGGCACUAUGGGCAUCUGCAUCAUGAUGCUGUCCCAAGCUGUUCACACCUGUGGGACCCUGGCCCUUCUCAGCAGUUUCCACCAUCUUGGCAUUAUGAGCUUCUCUAUAGCCCAGCCCACAGCACAGCAAUGGGUUGACAGAGGUAGUGCUGCACAGUAUGAGGAUGAAUUUCCUGAGGAUUACAUAGAUUAUUAG